AUGCAGUUCCGCUGGCAAUCGGCCACCAGAGGCUCGUACUCGGUCCGUCUGGUCGCUGUGCUCCUCUUUGCAGCCUCUAGCCUCGCUUUCCUCUUUGACCCGGGCGUCGACCACUCCGAACAUCCCGCCGAGUCGACACACCGAGGCAUCGACCAUCGGCUCUUACGCCCGUCCGAAGCCACCCUCGUACCUGGCUCGUCCAGCUCCGUCUCUUUGCCACUCGGGUGCCGGCGCUCUACAGACUUUUUCGCAGAUGUCUGUCCCAGCUCGUCGAACAAUCAUGGCUCGGCACACUCCCGUGCGCUAGGGGUCGUCCACGGUGACCUCCUGAUCUGCGAUCUCCCCUCGCCCGAGCCCCUCAUCACGUCAGACGAUGGCCCCAGCGGCGAUACGCCGCGCACAAGGUCCAUUGCCGUGUCUGGAACCAUCACGUUCACAGAGGGUGUCGACGUCGGCCAUCCCGGCGCCGGGCCGCCCUCUCUGAAUGGGCCCGGACAUCCAUCCCUCGACGACGGUCGCGCACCGUCUCCCGAAGACACCUACCCGCCUCCAGGAGCAGAGGGGUUCUGGCGGCAGCAGAAUGGACUGCACGAGUGGCAUCCCUCGAUGCCCGAUCCCGAGUCCUCGCCUUCGCAGCCAGUGUCGGACCCCUCGACUUCCUCGCAGACCCUGCCCCUUUCCAACCAGCCGCGGCUUCCCAACAGCGCUCUCCCGCCGGCGGCCGAACAGGCCCAGAUCAAAGCCUACGAUGCCUGGUCGGCCGAGCAGGAAGGUCAAGGCUUUUUGAGCUUCAGCGAGUGGAAGGAGAAGUACUUUGAUGCGCUGCGCGACAAGAGCAGGGCUGAAGGCGACAAGUCCAGGCCAAAGUCAAAGAAGGGACGCAAGGCCAAGGACCACACUCAACCUGCCGCCGACCACGGAGGUCCCUCGACGCCGUCAGCAUCUCCUGCCUCUGCAGAGGAUGCCGCGAGCUCCGCUCCUGCCGGCACCGACGACCCUUUGACAAGACCAGCCGCGACGCAGGACCCACCUGCCAGGCACUUGCCGCAGGACGAGGCUCGAGCGUCGGCUGGGGCAUCCGCAGCCGCCCCAAACUCACCUACGCCGGCUGCGGGCGCGCACACGGCCACCGCCGCUACAUCCUCGCCGCCUUCGGCCGACGGACCUGCUCAAUCUCAGACGCUGAAGCCAAGCAAAGAUGGCAAUGCCAUCGCCGAGGGUUCCAAGGAUGCUGUCGUCGAUCCUAUCGCGCGUGGCAUCGCUGGCGCCGACGCUUCUACCCAGCUCGCCGCGCUGAAGCAUCGCUGGAACUUUGCCUCGUUCGACUGCGCGGCCGUCGUCCAUCGGACCAACCCUUCGGCCAAAUUCGCCAGUGCGAUCCUCAGCGAGAAGAAGGAUCGCUACAUGCUCUCACCCUGUCCAAAGCAAGGAGGAGCCCAUUCCGGCGAGGGGCAAUUCGUCAUCAUCGAGCUCUGCGACGUCAUCGUCAUCGAUACCAUCGUCCUCGCCAACUACGAAUUCUUCAGCAGCAUGUUCAAGAAGUUCCGCGUCACGGCAGCCAACCAGCUCAAGGGGCGCGAAGACGACUGGAAAGAGCUAGGCACAUUCCGGGCCCGCAACGUGCGAGGGCUACAGGUCUUCAACCUUCCUCCGUCGCCGGCACGAGGAGGUUUCUACCGCUACAUCCGCAUCGACUUCCUCGAGCACUACGGCUCCGAAUUCUACUGCCCUGUAAGCCUGCUCCGAGUCUACGGCCUCACCCAGCUCGAUGACUACAAUCGCGAACUCGAGGAGAUGGACAAGCUCUCUCGAAACGACGCCGAGGCCGAAGACGAAGAGGAAGACGACCUGGAAGACGAGCUUCAAGAUCCAAGCGGCAAGGAUGCGGCACCGCCUGCAGAAGGAUCGAGCCAAGGGGCCGCCGCUGAGGCACUCGAGAGCACAUCUUUGGACGAGGUCAAGAUGCGCGACGAGGAUGUGUGGAGCCGGCACGAAAAGCUUUUCCGGGAGAGGCUCAAGCAUCAUAGAGGUCCCGCAGCAAACGCAACAUCGACGGCAUCAGCUUCGCAAGGCGAGCUCCUCGAGGAGGCAGCGCUUCCACCGCCGGCGAACGCUUCCGGUGGAUCCGAUGGACAUGGCAGCUCUGUCGAGCGACCAGAGGCCACGCAGAACCUGAGCGCCACUGAGGACGCUGGCUCUCAGUCUGGUCGAACGGAUGAAAGGACCGCUGACAGACGCUGCGAUGCCGGGGGCAGCAACGGCGGUCUGACGAGACUCUUCUCGCCCCAGGUCAGCUGUCCAGUGCAGACUCGCCAACGCGACUCAGUUCACCUCGACGAGGCUGCAGCCUCACCGCUUCCUGCCACGAGCAAGGCCGCCGCGAAAUCCAGCCGCGGACGGACGCAGCAUCCAGCGCCGUCUGAUGUCGACAGACAGAGCCGGCUGCCCUCAGCUUCAGCUAACAUUGAUCGCCGCCAGGACGCCUCCAAGGCUCACGCAAAGUCACCGUCGACGGGUGCUACUGGGCCUGCGCCGCCGCCUCCGCCAUCUACAGCAAGCAGCACCGGUGGGUCUGAGUCCAUUUACCGCGCCAUCACACGCCGCCUCAACGCACUCGAGGCCAACGCCACGCUCAGUCAGAGCUACAUUGAGCACAGCGGGCAAAUGCUGCGAGAGGUGUUUGCUAGGAUGGAAAAGCGGCAAGACGAGCGCAUGACGGACAUGCUGCGCUCACUCAACGCCAGCAACUGGCGGCAGAUCGAGGCGCUCAAGAGGAGGCAGCAGGUCGACUUGCAACGCGCCAUCUUCGAGUUCGACGUCCACCGCCAACAAGCAGAGGUGGAGCGGGUGGCCUUGAUGGGUCAGGUCGAUGCCCUCGCCAAUGAGGUGCUUCUCGAGAAGAGGCUCGGCAUCGCCCAGCUGGUCCUGCUCUUCCUGCUCUUCAUCUUCAUGGGCCUCACCCGAGGCUCGCGGGCUGCACCUUUCAUCCACUCCAGCAUCGCCAAAAUCAGCGGAACGUCGAAAACCCGCUCGUCGCUCACUGCACGCCCUGAAGGCGCGCUGGCGAGGUCGAUGGAGGGACCCGCAAUCUCAGAGAGAGCGCCUGGUUCUGCUCAGGUAACGUCAAAGAGCCACGAUGCGCCAACACAUGCGACGCAACCGCAAGCUCAAAAGGAUAUUGUCCGGGCCAGCAAGAGCCUGCAAGGAGCGCCCAGCCGUCGUCGAAGCUCCGUCGACACGUCCACAUCGCUCACUGCAAAACCCGACAGUCCCAACAAUGCGAUAUCGAGGCAGAGGUCCGGAUCCACGGCUCGCUCGAUCGUGGGCAUCGAGAGACCCGUGCCGCUUGGCACCUCGCUCUUGCUGGCAUCGCCGUACCGUUCGCGCCCAAUGCGCCAAGGGAAGGGCGCUCUGAAUCCUCCAAGUCGCAAGCAGAGGCAGCAGCGAGCGGAAGCCAAGCUCAUGCGACAGAUCACGGUGCUUUCGGAUCUCCUUAACGCUGCACAGCAUCGACAGACGCCGUCUUCGCAGUCGGGCCCGGCAUCGGUGGCCGUCAACAGUUGCAGCGAGCUACCUCAGAUCAACACCAACCUCCCCGACGCCGAUCUCGCUCGACGAGCGACUACGGCGAAUGGCCUCGGCGCCCCAAGCGUACUGUCCGCGGCCGCAGCGCCUCUCUCCAACGCUCCCAGAGAUCCCAUGACUGUUCACGCUCGAGGUCAAGAACGCGCCAGGCUCCUCGCGUCGUCGAUGGAUCGCCACUACCGUCGAAGCACGCCAGAAGCGCAGUACCAGACCCCGAUCAAGUCGCACACGACUCGGCAAGGUCGCAUCCUGGCAAAGCUCGCCAACGACGAGGCCGCUGCGGGCCUCUCGUCCGACUGGACGGAGAAGUCGGAGGAUCAGCUGGGCCUCUCCGACGACGAAGACGACGACGCUCACAGCCUCGGAGAAGUAGGCAUCGUACAGAGCUCCCUGACGCGGUCUCCGGUCGCAGACGCGCCGGACAACACCACCUCAGUGAUCAGGGCCCCUGGCAUGGCCCCCUCGCUAUCUUCACCAGCCGCAGUCACGACGCCGGUUCCACAGCUGCCGCGUCUGCAAGCUGCACCUUCUCAAGGGCCGCGCCGCGAUGGGCCGCCCACGUCGCCGCGACCCGGCGCGCCCGCCGCACGACCACAGCCGAAGCUGACGACCACUGAGCUUGGGUCGCCUCGAGACAGCCAGUCCAGCUUCAGCCCCUUGACGGCGACGACGACGACGAUGACGACCAGGCACUUUCCGCAGGCUGCCGAUAGCGAAUCCGACUCGGACGGUGGCGCGUGGCAGCGCGUGCUGCCACGCCGUUCGGCGAGCAACUCUCUCUCGAAGCGGAGCCGCGUUUCUACGCCCGAGUCGGGCGUCAAGGCAGCUGCGGCGACCUCGCACUUUGGACACCAUGCUGCGCACAAUGGAGAUGGAAGCGGCAACCCUUCGGCGUCGGCUUCUUCUUCGUCGUCGGCGUCGUUUAUGCGGAGGUGGGCGACGAGCUCGACGAGGUUUGCCCAGGACCGCGAGCGACCGCGCAAGGCGCUGACGCCCGAACCGCCCAAGAAGGAGCCUUUCCGCCGCAACUCGGCCGUCGUCGCCUCUUCCUCGUCGUCGUACUACCGCAGCGGUACGCCAGACACGAUCCGGGAGCAAGUCCGAUCCUAG